UCAACCUUAGGAAACACCUAAAUUCCCAAACUUACACUGCCGAUUACUCUCCCCAGAGGAUUGUGAAAUUGCCGAUGGAUUCCCAGGUCGUGAUACCGGAAGAGCGGGUUCCGCUUCUCAACUCGCUCUCAGCGCCGGCUACUAGUAGGACAGACGGGGAGAUCCUCCCCGACCACAACCACUCUCCUCCACCUACACCUGUCACCUCUGUUAGCCAUCAAGCGAAACCCUCCGAUCCAAACCAGCGGCUCGCCUCUCUCGACGUCUUCCGCGGCCUCACCGUUGCGCUCAUGAUCCUAGUUGACGAUGCCGGCGGAGCCUUUCCUGUGAUCAACCACGCGCCGUGGUUCGGCGUGACGAUAGCUGACUUCGUUAUGCCCUUCUUUCUGUUCGGUGUUGGAGUGUCCAUCGCGCUCGCAUACAGAAAAGCUACCAACAAACUUACUGCUACGAGAAAAAUCAUCAUGAGAACGAUCAAACUUUUUUUGUUGGGUGUGUUGCUGCAAGGUGGAUACUUUCAUGGUCGUAAUCACUGGACAUAUGGUGUUGACAUCGAUCAUAUACGCUGGCUAGGAGUAUUGCAGAGGAUAUCCGCUGGAUAUUUUCUAGUUGCCAUGUCAGAGAUUUGGCUUAGUAGCAACUUGGCUGUGGAUUCUCCAAUGGCAUUCAUGAAGAAAUACUACAUUCAAUGGAUUGUUGCCAUUGUGCUUUCUGCAAUGUACGUUGCCUUACUUGUUGGUGUUUAUGUGCCAAACUGGGAGUUUGAAAAUUUAAGCAGAAAUUCAACCUUUUCAAAUGGAAACUUUGGUCUUCAAAUUGAAACUGUCCAUUGUGGCUUGAGAGGUAGCCUUGGUCCUCCAUGCAAUGCUGUUGGCUUCAUAGAUAGGCUAAUCCUUGGAGAAAAACACUUGUAUCAGAAUCCUGUCUAUAAAAGGACUAAGGAAUGCAGUAUUAACUCUCCUGAUUAUGGGCCUCUUCCACCAAAUUCACCCAAAUGGUGCCUUGCCCCAUUUGACCCUGAGGGGAUUUUGAGUUCAGUAAUGGCUGCCAUGACAUGCUUUGUUGGAUUACAGUUCGGACAUGUGAUGAUGCAUUUUAAGAGCCACAUGAGGAGGACCCUUCUUUGGUCCAUGAGUUCUUUGGUACUUCUCCUCUUUGCCUGCAUAGUGGCUUUAUUAGGUAUGCCUCUUAGUAAGCCGUUGUACACCUUGAGUUACAUGUUUCUUACAGGUGGAGCCUCAGGUGUUGCCCUAUCUUUUAUAUAUUAUCUGGUUGAUGUGAAACUUAUUAGGAAGCCAUCUCUUUUACUUCAGUGGAUGGGCAUGAAUGCACUUAUUGUGUAUGUUUUGGCGGCAGGCGAACUGUUUCCUGUAGCUCUACAAGGUUUUUAUUGGAGAUCACCAUCAAAUAACCUGGUGAACUUGACAGAAUCCUUUCUUCAGUCUUUAUUCCACUCCAAGAAAUGGGGUACACUUGCAUUUGUUCUUCUCGAGAUCCUAUUCUGGUGCCUUGUUUCUGGUUUUCUCCAUCUCAAAGGAAUAUAUUUCAAAUUAUAGCAACAUAACAGAGCUUACUAUCAACAUCAUAUUUUUCUCAUAUGAUUCAAAUUUUUUAAGUUUUAUUUA